CGCUCAAUACAAGUGUUGGGAACCGGGCUCCGCUCUCACUUUCCCCAUCGAGCUCGUCGCCUCCAGCCCCCCGCUGCGUUUCCCUUUUGCUCCUCUAUAUGAGAAUCCACAGCAGCUCAGACUGCUUACAUGUGCACGAUCCUUCCUAUCCCAGGUGGAGGAGGUAGAAGAUCAAUAUGACACUUAUAAGUAGAGUGAGGUACUCGUGCUACUAGGCAAGAACGGUACCCUCCCGCGUUUCGACAUCAGCUCCCAUAACACUGUUCCCCAACUGCAGUCGAUUGGAUGCUAGCUGGAGACUUAGAAUACUGUAUAUCCUGGCCUAGCCCCGAAGGCCAUUUGUUGCGUUGGAUGAUGAGAAUCUACGGGGGCCUGGGACUGGGACUGCGUUGGGCACUGAUUUCCACGGGAGCGCCCACACUUUCUGGCGGUUGGGAUGAAUAAGGGUGUGCUUGAACUGUAUUAAUUAGCCACAGAGAUAUGAAAAUGUAAUACCGUGCGGCCAUUGCCAGAAGGCCACUAACGGAAUGGGCGCUUACUCGUGGAUGUAAGUCGCGCAAGUCAGCCUCUUGAGAUGUCU